AUGUCUGCAUUGGCGUUGAAGGCAACGCGACUGGCUUUCUUCAGCAUCCCCUCCUUUCAAGCCCCACUAGCGUUUGGUCGCACUGCGCUACUAGCCACAGUACUUGGCGCUGGUUCCCUGCGGUCGUUUUUGGAGGACCUAUUCCCUCCAUUUCUCCUUGCCGUACCAAAGAAGAAAGUUUCCCAUUCGCGCAAGGCCAUGCGCAGUUCAAAUAAAGGCUUGAAGGACAAGCAAAACCUUGUGCAUUGCCCUGGUUGUGGGCUGCCGAAAGUUGCUCAUCAUCUGUGCGCGACCUGCUAUGGGUCCGUGACGCGACUAUGGAAAUCAAAAGACAAAGUAAACGGAGGCUCCAUGCCUGACUUGUCAUAG